GUCAAUUCGCAGUCACCGGAAGCCCUAAAACCUCCAGCGACGCCGGAGAAAGGAAAUUCCAUUAGAUAGAGAAUCGUAAGCUUUUUUGUGUUUUUUGUUUUGCGAUGAAGGAAGAAGAAGUAAAUCGAUGCCAGAUUCAGAACUGGUAUCCGAAAUUCAAAUCCUUAACCAUCAAAACCAAAUUUCACCAGCUUCCAGAGUCUUUCAUCACCUAUCUCACCGACGAUUCUGGUCCGUUUCUUCUCCCUGAUUCCGUAACAAACGAGGACGCAAUGCCCAAAAGAGUCCACAAUCCCGAAGAAGAAGACGAUUUCCAAGUCUCCGAAGGAUCUGAUGACGAAGCAGAGCCACCAUCGAACAUCCCUUGUUUUCCCCAACUCGAAAUCGAGAUUAAGGAAUCAGUCGAAACCCUAGGCGGCGCAGUUUUCCCGAAGCUGAACUGGAGCGCACCAAAGGACGCAGCUUGGAUCAGCCCAUCACAGAAUCUUAGCUGCACUUGUUUCAGCGAGAUUGCUCUCUUGUUUCGUUCCUCAGAUUCGUUGCUCCAUGAUCUCUGCAACGCGUAUGAUUCAUGUACUGACAAAACCUCGUCAAGGCCACAAAGCUUCUUCCUCGCGUUGAGAAAAUGGUAUCCUUCUUUAAAGCCUGAGAUGGAAUUUAGAUGCUUUGUCAAAUCGAACGAGCUUGUUGGGAUUUGCCAGCGUGAGGUGACGACAUUUUACCCUGUUCUUGUCAAUGAGAAGGAUUUGCUCAAGGGCUUGAUCGGAGACUUCUUUGAUGAUAACAUUAGGUUAGAAUUUGAAUCAGAGGAUUACACAUUUGAUGUUUAUGUGACGAAGGAGAGAAAGGUUAAGCUAAUGGAUUUCAAUACUUGGUGUGGCUCUACGUUGCCAUUGAUGUAUUCNNNGGAAGAACUGGAGAUGGUUCAUGGAGAAUGUGAUGAAUUGAAUUGGAGGAUUGUUGAGAGCCGUCGCAGCGUGUUUCCUGGUUUGAAAACAGCAGUUCCUUAUGAUUAUCUGGACAUGAGUUCUGGUAGUGGUUGGGAUCAGGUUAUUAAGAAAGCGGAAGAGCAGUUUCAGAGAGAGAAUCAGAGUUCAGAUGAAGUUGCUUGAGCUUUUUUAUCAUCGUCCUCCUUAAAAGUGUUGUCCCGAAGUUCCUGAUGGUGUUUGUGUCUUCUUAGUAUAAGAUUUAUCUCCCUUUUUUUAGACUGUUUUGUCUUUGUAUUUGUCUUUUGUUGUGCAAAGAAUCGUAUUGAGAGACAAAUUGUUCUGAAUGGUUUCUUCGCAUUAUCAAAUUUGUGGUAGGGA